GUGACCCUUAACAAGUCCAUCCUUGUGGACACAGGUAUCAUCAUGGGGAGUUACGGGCAGGUUAUGCACACCAGUGUGAACAACAUUACAUUCCGUGUCUACACAGAAGAAGAAAUCAAAGAAAUCUCUGUGGUAAAAAUAACCAACGACCAGUCCUUCAACGAGCUGGGUCACCAACUUCGUGAUGGAAUAUACGAUCUGCGGAUGGGACCACUAAUAAAGCAUGUGCAAGAUGUGUGUGAAACCUGUGGCCAAGAUGGUUUUCGAUGUCUGGGACACUGUGGCCACAUAGAACUGCCACUGCCUGUCUAUAACCCAAUUUUUUAUGAGGACCUCAAGAAGCUGCUCUCAGUGAUGUGUAUUUCCUGCUACAAGCUUCAAUCAGACGAAUACCAGGUGAUGCAGCUUUCAUAUCAAAUCAGACUUCUGAAUGAGGGUUAUGGUCAGCAGGCUCUCGAGGUGCAAGAUAUGGUCGCACAAAUCAUGUCAGAUGAGAGAGAGUCGGACGAGGUAUUAACUGGAGUGGGUGACAGAAUUAUCCAAGGAAGUGAAAAGAACUUUAAUAAAUCAAAUAAGAUGCAAGCUAUUGGAGCGACUCUGAAGACAUACUACGAGAAAGUGAUUGAAGAAGGAACAUGUCAUCGUGAGGUGUCCACAUCCAUCAUCAAAGCCAUCCAGCAGCAAAUCAUCAAAAAAUUUGUGGAAGAUUGCAAAACUAGAAAGCUCUGUAAAUAUUGCAAACGAUCUAAAGUAAAGCUCACCUUUCAGUAUUCACGUUUCAUGGUGAAAUCACAGCGGUUCAAGAAUCAUAAAAAGAAUGACGCUCUUGUGACAGUUGAUGUUGACAAUCAGUCGUACAUCACAACCGAACAGAUUCGUACCAUUCUGCGAAAGUGUUGGGAAAAAGAUAAAGAGUUAUUGGUGUGUUUGUAUCCCAUACUGGCAUCAUCAAAAUUGGAGCAUCCUACUGACUUGUUUUUUAUGACUUGUCUCUUGGUUAUGCCUCCAAAGUUUCGUCCAUGUAACUUGCAGGGCGGAAUAAUGGUGGAACACGAGAGCAGUGUUCUUCUGAAGGGUGUGGUGAGAAUGGCUAAGGUUCUAACAUUUCUCAUCUCAGUAGUGAAAGGAACCAUUACAGAGCUGCCAGAAGAACUCAAGUAUCUUCUCUCAGAAGUCUCAGGAGAAACACCUGUGGAGAAGACCCAGAGCAUCUGGUACCAGAUGCAAAGUUACGUUGACAACCUCUUUGAUUCUGAGAUCACUUCGUCGAAGCUCACAACUAGAGGGAUCCGACAGGUAAUAGAGAAGAAAUGUGGUUUGUUUCGGAGAAAUCUCAUGGGCAAACGUGUGAAUUACUCAGCACGCUCAGUAGCCGCACCUGAUCCACUCCUCGCAGUCGAUGAAGUAGGUGUACCCAUGGAUUUUGCUCUUAAACUCACAUACCCAGUUCCUGUCACUCAGUGGAAUGUACAAGAACUCCGGCAGCUUGUGAAGAAUGGUCCUGCAGUGUAUCCUGGAGCAGUGAUGAUUGAAGAUGAAGAAGGCAAGAAGAAGCGUCUCAGAGACGAUGAUGCUAUCCAAAGGAUUGCCAUUGCCAACAAGCUUCUCACUCCACCAGAAUCACACGUGCGGAGAGUCAAUGCCACCAAGAUUGUGUAUCGCCAUUUGCAGAAUGGUGAUUUUGUGUUGAUGAAUCGCCAGCCGACUCUUCAUCGUCCUAGUAUCCAGGCUCACCGUGCCCGUGUAUUACCAAAAGAUCGGGUUCUGCGUAUGCCUUAUGCAAAUUGCAAAGCAUACAAUGCAGAUUUUGAUGGUGAUGAGCUAAAUCUGCACUUCCCUCAGAAUGAAUUAGCAAGAAGUGAAGCUCACCAUAUUGUAACAACUCAUAAUCAGUAUCUUACACCAAAGGAUGGAUCCCCACUUGCUGGGCUCAUUCAAGAUUGUGUUGUAGCCAGUGUCAUGCUGACCAUGAGGCAAACAUUUUUCUCACGUGAAGAUUACCAGCAGUUAGUUUACACUGGACUGUCUGACAAGUGUGACAGGAUUAAAAUGUUGCCUCCUGCGAUUCUAAAGCCAAAGCAGCUGUGGUCUGGGAAGCAGGUCAUCUCCACCCUCCUCCACAACAUCAUUCCAAAAAACGUGGCACGACCAUCUUUCACAUUCAAGACCUCGGUUAAAGUGGAUAUGUGGCAGACUAACAAACCAAGAGAGUGGAAAGCUGGUGGCUUCCCAGAGAAAAAACGCGGGGCUAUGACCGAUUCUGAUUUUAUUAUGGUUGACGGAGAGUUGCUGUGUGGUGUUAUUGAUAAGAAUGCUAUUGGGUCCACAAGCUAUGGACUUAUACAUACGUGUUAUGAUUUAUACGGUGGAAGUGUUGCUUCCAAGCUGCUGUCGUCUAUCAACCGUCUAUGCGUAUAUUAUCUCAAGUGGGCUGGCCAUACCAUCAGUGUCAAAGAAUUUAUUACACCAUCACAUGUUAGUGCCAAACGCAGAGCAGUGUUGGCUGAUCUUAUAAAGAGAACUCCUGCUGAGGUGAGUGCCAAGUUUGGCAUCGCAGAGGAACAUUUCCAAGAUUAUUAUGAGAAGGCUCACAUGAAAGGCAGUGAAAAGGACAUGGCAGCCAUUGACGCGGCUUACACAUCCGUUCUGGGUUCAACCACUUCAGAAGUCACUGGAGAAAACGAACGAGGACUUAUACGGCGCAGUUUGGACAAUCAUAUGAGGAUGAUGGUAGACACAGGAGCCAAGGGUUCGAAGAGCUUGCAACACACUGCUGUCAAGACUGCAGACAGUGGCUAUCUGCAGCGCUGUCUCAUCAAGCAUCUCGAGGGCAUUCAUGUCAAAUAUGACAUGACUGUUCGUAACAGUGAUGGUCUUGUUCUUCAGUUUGAUUAUGGUGAGGAUGGAUUAGACGUAACCAAAGUUCCAUUUUUAAAAAAUCCCGAGACUUUGGAUGUGGUGGUGAAGAACCACAGUCUUCUCCUUAACAGCCAAGCUCUCUCCCUGGCCAGAUCUGUGGGAGAGAAGGAUUUGGUUGAUGCAUACACAAGGAAGAUGAAGAAAUGGCAUAAGAAGAACAGCAACACUGAAAAUGUUCGUCGCAGCGCCUUCCUCAAGUUCAGCAAGAAGAUGAAAGACACUGUUGAGAGCACUGGCUACAGUGAAAGAACUGGGCGGGCAAACUCCUCCAAAGAACUUCAAGAUAUGUGGCACAACAUGACACUAGAGGAGAAGAAAAAAUUCAUGAAGGAUUCUUCGAAGCGUCCAGACCCAGUCAACUCCGUGUUUAGUGGUGCGUCGAACCUUGGUGUAGUCUCUGAAGCUGUAGAUGAUCUCAUUGAGCGCUACUAUGAAGAGAUGUACUCCAGGCAGCCCACUCAGCAGCAGAAGUUAACGUGGGAAGAGGUGGCAACCACAGUACAUAUGAAGGCUCUUAAUUCCAAGGUGGACCCAGGAGAAGCUGUAGGAGCUCUGUGUGCUCAGGCUAUUGGUGAACCAUUGACUCAGAUGACACUCAACACUUUCCAUUUUGCUGGCAAAGAUGAACUUAACGUUACACUUGGUGUACCUCGUAUGGUUGAAAUUUUAAAAACAGCCAACAAAAAAAUAUCGACUCCCAUCAUGGAGGUGGCAUUUCAUCCACACAUUACUAGAUCGCAAGCUGAGAGUCUUCGUAUUAGACUCUCUGAAGUAUCCCUCUCAGCGGUAAUGCUUAGAUUGGAUGUGAGAUCCGAGCCUGAGAAGAACAGGAGAGGUCAUAAUCAUCGCCGAAUCAAUAUCAAAUUUACAUUCCUUCCACAUCGUGAAUACAAGCACAUUUAUGCUGUCAACCCUUCACAAGUGUUAAAUUACGUUGAGCACUAUUUUAUCCCAAAGGUUUUAUUGAAAGAAAUCCAGAAAUCAUGUUCCAUGGGCCGAAAGAUGUGUUCUUCAGCUGAUACUACAGAAAGAAAAAGUAAGGAAAAAGGAAACACUGAAGAUAACGACGAUGAUGAUGGACUAAACGCUGCCGAGGACACUGAAAGAUACAGGGAGAAAAUUGAUGGCACAUUUGGUAAAGUGAACGCUGAGGACGACGACGACAAUGACGUGGAGGAGGUUGGCGAGGAAGAUGCUGAUGCAACAGCAGCAUCAAGGAAAAGAAAGUCAGAGGAACAAGAUUAUUCAGAAGAUGAGAACGAGGCAGAAUCAUCAGACAAGGACGAAAGUGAGAAGGAAACUGUGUCGGAGGAUGAAGGUCUCGGGGAAGAAACCAAAUCAGAUGAGGAAGAUUUAAAGGCAAAACCAAAUGUAGAAGAGUCUAGGAAGCGUAAGGAAUGUGUCACGGUGGACAAAUUUGUCGUACGAAAGGAAGCGCUCAGGCAUGUGACUCUUGGAUUGUGGACUAUGACUUUGAUAGAAACAAAGAAGAAUGGUGUGAAAGCAAUAACUGGGCUCUCAGAAAAAGAUUAUGGAAGACUUAUUGUAACAAUUGCUCUACCCAUAAGUGGUCUCAACUACGAUAUACCUUCCAUUGUACGACAGAAAUCAGAGAAAGCUUUGAUACAUUUUGUCCCAAAUAUUCGAAGAGUCUUCAUUGUCGAGAAGGAUGGUAAACUAUUACUCAGGACAGAAGGUGUCAAUAUACUUAAAAUGUGUGAGUGGGAGCACAUGCUAGAUGUGAACCGCUUGUACACAAACAACAUACAUCAGGUAGCAGAGAGGUAUGGUAUUGAGGCUGCUCAGCGCUCGGUCAUCAGGGAACUACGAGCUGUCCAGUCUGCAUAUGAUAUCAAGGUUGAUUUCCGCCACCUGUCUCUACUUGCUGACUACUUCACAUGUGAGGGUGUAUACAAAGCUUGCUCCCGCUCUGGUUUGAACUCUUGCGUUUCUCCACUUCAGAAGAUGUCCUUUGAAACCUGUUUAAAUGUCCUUAAAAAUGCCAUUUUAAGAGAUGAGAAAGACCAUAUGAGUUCUCCAUCUGCAAAUAUUGCUCUAGGACAGCCAGUGAAGAUGGGUACAAAUUCUAUGCAUAUAUUGCCCAUUCUCACAUAGUAUAGAAUUUUUUUUUAAAAAUGAAAUAAUACUGUUUAAAUUGGAAGAAUUUUGUAUGAAGUGAGCAUUAGUUAAAUUCAUUGAAAUAU